AAGGAAACUCUGCGGAGAUUGCAAAAUCAGUCGGUGACAAACUAGUGUGGCUACUGUAUAGAAACUGAAUUUGUAAAUAUGAGACGGAUUGCAUUUGUAACAUUGACAUUAGCGGUGGCUGCGAUUGCACCAAGAUUCACGGAAUCGGCAAAAAUACUUGUUGUAUGUCCUUGUAUGGAUCCCUCGCAGUAUAUCUGUGUGCAGUCGUAUUUGAAGACAUUGGCAGCGCGCGGACAUGAAAUCACUUCGGUAUCGGCAUUUCCUCAAAAGAAACCGUUAAAAAACUUUCGUGAUAUAACAUUAAUUAACAGGUAUACCGAACGAGCGCGAGAGAUAUCUGCAACUUUCCAUGAUCGACCAAUGAAACCGCUCGAUGCGGCAAUCUAUUGGACUGAAUAUGUGCUGAGACAUAAGGGUGCGCCACAAUUGCGUGAAGCCGCACGUCAUUGGAAUUUUCUACAACGCCAUAGUGUCGAUACAAUCGCGAUAUUAUUUGGUAUUCCAUUGUUAUUGAUUAUAUUUAUAACUCGCGGUAUUUGCAAGUUGUUAUUGGCUAUAUUCAGAAGUAAAGACCGUGAGAACAAGAAGCAAAAGAACGAAUAAACAUGGAAUUUCGUAAACGAGGCUAUAGUUACCAGAUUAUAGAGAUAAUUCUAAGCAGAUGACAAAGACUACAAGAAGCUCGAUUGGGAUUCCUCGCCAUGAGGCCUUAUGUUCAGAAAUUAAAUAAAUUAAUAUUUUUUUAAAAAAUUAAAUAAUGCCUUUUAAAUUUAUAUUGAUGUGAGAUAUUGAAAACUGUAAUUAUUCAUUAAUUUCACGGAUUUAUUUUUUUAAAGCGAUAGUUUUUAUUUGAAAGUACAAAAUCGGACUAUAAGAAAGAAAGAAAAGCGAUUUGAUCAAACCAAGUAAUAUUUGUCUGUAAUUUUUACCGCUCGAAAGCAGCUGAGUUUAUGUUCGGCGAUUUAUUUCUAAGAUUUGUAAUAUCACUUUAUUAUCUAAAAGUGUAAAUGUUGAACUUAUGAUAAGCUGAGGCUUGAUAAAUUAGUGUUUUAAAUAAUAUUGUGUAAGUUGUGAUAAAUGAACAAAUACAACGAGCAGAAAGUUGA